UGAGGAAUUCUACAUUACCGACUUGAACGAAUCGUCAGUGUUCUUAUACAAAGAGAUAAGUUCAUUGUUGUGACAGCUCGACAGUUGGUUUUGUUUUAGUUUCAGUGAAAUUAAAGCAUAAACCACGCAAGAAUCAUUUCAUUUCUUUAGUCCUUCGUUAAUUUGAUUUAAAUUCGUAAUUAUCAGUACGGUAUACGUAUUCACUGUUACAAGCUUCAAAAAGAUAUAAUCAUGCUGUUGCUGGAACGUAUACCAGAUCAAAUUGGAUACUUGGUUUUAAAGGAGGAUGGAGCAGUAAUAACGUCUGGAGGCGAAUUAGAAAAUGAUGAAAGGAUCGCAAAUAUUAUUGUAGGCUUAGUCACACUGACAAAUAAAAUUGAUCCUAAGGGAUUUCCCAGCAAUGAUGCCUUCGACAAGAUAUCCAUAACAUACCCAGACCAUUGCUACGUUAUUUGUCUUUCAAAUAAAAAGAUUCAUGUAGUUAAAAAAAGAUUGGUUUCUGCAACUACUGCAGUUGUGGAACAGCAGCCUCUCAUUGAUGCAUAAAUUAAAAUUUUAAGAGAUUGUAUAAAGAUAAAAUAGUUUUGAGUCAUAUAAAUAGAAAUUAUAAUAAAUAUGUAAAAAAUUCUUAAAU